AGAGCAAUUUGAUGAAUACAUUUUUAUAUAAUGACAAACUUAUUCAGCACAUAAUUUCGCGUGGGCAAAUUAUUCAUAUGCUAAUUAACUUCAUUUAAAAUUUAAUGAAUCUCCCUAAUGGUUAAUUAAGACACAUUUUUGUCAAUAAUUAAUGUACUUAAAGCGAUGUGAGAAUAGUUCACGAUCUAAAUUGUGCUUUGAUUCACGCUGGAGAAGAAGGUUAAAAUGAAGAAACAAAUGUUUUUAUUCAAUGUUUUUUUAUGUUUUUCUUCCGUUGCAAGUUUUACAGGCAUAAAAGUAUCAAAGCCAUGUGAUCAUCGAAUACAAUGCCUGAUCUUCCCAUGUGCACCAAAUGUUAAUCCAUGCAACAAAGCGAAUGAGAUAUGCGUUCCUACUUGUGACUGUGGUGCAACAUGCAGACCAAAACCUCCUCCUACAAAACCCAAGCCGACCUUACCUGUCUGCAAAAGCGACGGAUCGGCUGAUGAUAAAAUAUGUUUACAAGCCCAAACAACGUUUUGUACAAAAAAAUGCAAAUGCUGUAUUCAUCACAAUGGUUGCAACCCAUUUAAAGCUUUAUAUACUAAAACAGAGAAAGACUGCAAGCCACAAGCUUGUCCUCUGAUUGGCUGUCCUUUUGAUGUCUGCAAAGAUCACAAAUGUCCUGCUGGAAACGCAUGCGUGAAAAAAUGUUGUAAGCCUGUAUGUGAAGCGCUCCUCAAACCUUGUCUUUUUGUUCCUUGCUUUACCAACCCAUGUACUCCCACUACAUGCCCCCGUGGAUACGCAUGUCAAGUAAACAACUGCAAUGGAUGCAGUGCGCAAUGUAUUCCUCCUCCGAAACCAACAUUGUCAACAAAGUGCAAGUCAGAUGGUUCCAGUAAUGGAAAAUUAUGUGGAGCGGCGUUCACAAAGUUUUGCAGUGCUAAUUGCGAGUGCUGCAUUCACGAAAAUACUUGUAAUCCAUUUCCAUCAUUCUACACUAAAAAAUCCGAGGAUUGUGUCAAUGGAUGCAAGAACCCAGUAAACUGUUUUGUUAGUCCUUGCCUCAACAAGAAAUGUCCUUCGGGUCAAAAAUGUGUUCCAAAUUUCUGUGGUGGUUGCAAUGCCGAAUGCAAACCUCUUCCAACUAAACCAGCUACAACUGCAUGUUCAAAUCCUGUUCAUUGCAAAGUAGAUCCCUGCUCACUGAAAAAAUGUCAAGUGGGACAAAAAUGCCAUGCUAAUUAUUGUGGAGGGUGUAACGCUGAAUGUAGGACUUGCAAGAAACCGGUUAAUUGCUUAAUCAACCCAUGUGCACGAACACUCUGUCCAGAAGGCACAAAAUGUGUUGAUGAUUAUUGCAAAGGGUGUAAUGCAAGAUGCAUUGCUAUGCCUACCCUACCUCCUGUGCCAACAAAACCAACGCCAUGUCCAAACCCUGUUAACUGUUUUGCCGAUCCUUGCAUGUUCAAGAAGUGUCCUUUUGGUCAAAAGUGUCAUGCAAACUUUUGUGGUGGAUGCAAUGCAGAAUGUAAAGCUUGUGUAAAGCCAGAGAAUUGUGUGGAUCCAUGUUCACGUACCAGAUGCCAAUCUGGAACGGAGUGCGUCAACAACUACUGCAAUGGAUGCUCUGCACAAUGUAUCCCUGUUCCAACUUCAACACCGCCAUCUCCAGACACAUGCCAGUCUGAUGGUUCAAGUGAAGGAAAGUUUUGUCCAGAUGGAAUCACUAGGUUUUGUACAGAUUCGUGCAAAUGCUGUAUUCAUCCUAACAUUUGUAAUCCAAAACCAUCACUCUACACCAAGGCUGGCUCCCAAUGCAGGAAUAAUUGCCAGAAACCUGACAAUUGCGUCGAUCCUUGCAGCCGAGCCUUAUGUUUGGUCGGAACACAGUGUGUGAAUGAUUAUUGCAGUGGAUGCACUCAUAAAUGCAUUCCUGUGUCUGGUAAGUGACGCCGAGAAAAUGGAAUUCGCCGAUCCUGAUGAUAAAUAUCAAAUUAUAGUGGCAAAAAGCUUUUCAAGAUUCGCACAAGAGCACUAUGAAAUCUAAUACUUUUUGUUUAUAUUAUAAGAAUUUGUUUGACAAUGUUAGUGAUUGAUUUAUAUGUAAAGAAAUUGUAUUAAAUUUUUGUAUUUCUUAAAUUCAACAGAAUAAUGUUUUGAGUUAUUCAAA